GAAGAUGUUGUCUAGGAGACUGAAAGCCAAGACUUAAAUCAUCUGAGUUAAAGAAUACACCAUCAUGAAAAACCACUUGAAUUCAUUAGUUAACGGAGAUAUGGCUCAAUUCUCUAAUUCAGAAGAAAUUUAAGAACUUAACACUUUUUAAUUCUUUGAAAUUGCUAUAAGAUCAACAAAUGCCAGUUUCUUUUUGGGUUUUAAGCUGUUCAAAAUGCUUCUUAUUUCAAGUUCAUCAGUCUAAAAAGUCAAAAAAUUGGGUUUGCAAAGUUUGUUCGUGCAAACAAUCGUUUUUAAAAGUAUUCGCUGAAGGAAGUGCAAAAGAAUGUCGUGAAAUUGUACAGAAAUUAAACAAACAAGGUGUUCAACGUCAGAUGGAGCUGCCUGGAUUUGGAAAGCCAGUUCUACUAAGAUUCAAUCCAAACAAAUAUUUACAUUGUGAAACUACAGUUAAAGAGGACUUAGUAUUCGAAGAUAAUGAUUCUGCAAGUCAAGAAAAUGAGGAUAUAGAUACUGAGGUGAUUUCAUACAAAUUACAUCCUUAUUCAAACUCAUCUGAUUCUCGAGCUGAAAAAUCUACAGGCACUGGAGAAAAUUUCUCACGUCUGAAUUUCGAUGAUGCAUAUCUCGAAGAAGGUACUUCUUCAUUGUCCAAUAAUUCUUCUACAAAUCCAUCGCAAAGUACCGGUUCAAAAUGGGAUGUUUAUUUGUGAUAAUAAUGCUGUUAAAUUCAAAAAGUGACAUGCUGCAUUUAUUGUUUUUGUAAUUACUUCAAUGCAAACUUAUUUCGUGUGAUUCCUUCCUAAUAAGAUAUUUAAGCACC